CGGUGGCACCGAACACCAUACGCGCCCUCUAUCUCGGUGGAUCGCAUUGGUUACUUGUGAUCUCCAGCUUCUAAAUCCAGUCCAAGCGUGCUCCGACGUGGCUGGCGGGUCUGUUUUUGGGCAUGAGAGUUCCUUCCAUGAGCUGACCGGGACUCGGUCUCCACCAUGGACCCCCCAGUCUGUCCAGCGGUCCCGUCUGCUCAGGACAAGACCAGCAGGAUUGUGUCUGAAUAUCUCAAGGAAAAAGACCAACAACGGCGGGCAAUCUACCAGCGCAAACGCCCCUUGACCCUGCUGGAACUACCCGUCGACAUCCUGCAGCUGAUCGUGAAGGAGAUAACGCAUACGAACGACCUGACUGCGCUUGCGCUGACAAACUCGGCUCUGCACAGUCUUGCGGCUCCCUUGAUCUACUCGCGCUUCGACAUUGUCUGGCCUGAUGGACAGGUAGGCGUGACCGAGUCUAAGAGCGUCGACGCCCUUACCUACGGCCUGUCAACGCUCUGUCGCGAGAACACGUUUGCCCGCACCGUAGGCAAGGCCUCCAACUCAACUGCCCGCCGCCUGGCCAAACUCACCGGAAACAAGUAUGCCAAGUACACCAGGAAGUUCUCGCUGGGCAAUGGCCCGAGCGAUUGGGUCGCUGAAUACAUGAUUACCAAGGAAAGCGGCAAGAUGCUUGGCACUCUGGUGGCCAUCGCCAUCGAGAAGAUGAAGAACCUCGAGACCUUCAUUUGGGACAUGCCGACUGGCGUGCUCACAGAUGUCUUUCAAGCCCUGGGAUCACUAGCCGACCAGCCAGACAACGAAUGCAAGCUGAAUCGGGUGUGGAUACGGUGGCACGAUAACUCCGAACAGCCCAUGGGGACACCUUCACCCUCUAACGCCAAUCCCGCAGUAGCUGCUACUGCGCUGGUUCCCCAGGGUAGCCAGCUGACAGCUGUCGGCAUCAUGCUGCCCCCCAAUGCGAGCCAUCCGCCUCCUCGACCGCCCGUUUCGUAUUCCGAGUACCACUGCGAAUACCCGACCUUCAGCGUCUUGCCACCACUCAAGAGUCUGACGGUGUUGGAUAUUGACGAGGUUGGCUACCUGGACGAGAUGGCAGUGCUUAUCGAGCGAUCCAAAGACAUUCUCCAGGAGCUCAGGGUUGGGAUAUCCGAGAAGGCGGUACAUAAAGAUUUCGCGCAGACUUGGGACGGUCCUAGUCUGAAGCAGAUAGACCACCGAGCGCGGUGGCCGGGCGAAAGCACAAUCGGCGAGAGGCGUUUGGGGGGCGUUCUCGGUGUCCUAAUAGGCAAGAUAUACGAUAUCCGGAAGCGGAGCACCUCGAGGGCCAAGGAUAAGCCAGGCGGAGAAACCUCUGCCGUGGAAGGCACCACGCCAGCUACGCCGGCAUGGAAUGUUCCCCAAGUUGGAGGGCAGGAACCCCCUGCGGUGAGCGAUGCCUUGGCAGCUUCGAGUGGCCAGGAGACCCAGGAGCCCGCCGCUGUCGGAGUAGCUCCGCAUAGCGAUCCUCCAACGAAAACUCCGGCUUCGCAAAAGCCGUUGAAGCCUAACAAAUCUAGCUCAGGCGGCAGAAGGAGGCUAGAGGGAAAACUGAAGCUGCACACGCUGGAGCUUGAACGGGUUUUGCUUUCGCUCCAAGUCUGUAGAUUCGCUUUCGACUGGUCUGUUUUGACAAACCUUACCUUGUUGGACUGCGCUCAGCAUGACAAUCUCUGGAAGUUGCUGCGCAAGCAGUUUCAACCCACUCCUGUGGGCAGCGGCUUUGGCAUCUCGGCCAACAGCAAACCACCUCCUGCGGAUGCUCCUAGGCAGUACCACUUAGCGCUAAAGGCGAUUCACACGGAUUCGACCACACCAUCUCUUAUCAACUUCAUCAAGGAGACUCUUGCGCCAAACUCGCUCGAGGUUCUGUUUCUCCAGGAUCGCAAGCGUUCUAGUCCUCCACUCUUACUUGACACCAUCUUCAAGGGCGCCAUCAAGCGGCAUCACGCAAGCCUGCGCAAGCUUCUUUUGGAUAGCUCUGCCAGGCCGCUAGCCAACGGCACAGCGCUGCCUGGCGACAAUAUCCGGUGGAAAAACUGGGCACUUACCGGGGACGUCUUGGUCUACGUGACGAGCGGCAGAAUGGUGAACCUGAGGGAACUAGCCGUCUCCUUGGAGUACAAAGACUGGCAUACUUUUCUCCAGCGACUGCCAAACAUGCCGCAGCUCCGUUCCCUCAACAUCCCCCACAUACUCGAAUAUCCCAACGGAGUCUUCGAGCCGAGGGAGCUCGCGCACCAAAUUGCCGACAUCAUAACUCUCCGGCCCGAGAUACGCCUUUGCUACGUCGGCAUAGGUUCUAAAUGCUUCGAGAUUCUUGACAGUCGCGACGCGCCGACGGGCUCAUUGGGUCCCAGCGGCGCCAGUACCCCAAACGCAGGCGGCGCCAACGGCGCGACCAAUACGAUGAACGGCACUGGCUCCAGUAAUCCCAGCGGCGGGCCCACAGCCGCUGGCGUCGAAGAUGAGGAUACGACGGAUGACGAUGGGGAUGGGGGCGAUGAGGAAGAGGCUGACGACGAGGGUUUGAACUCGGAUGGGGAUCACGCGGACUCGGGCGAUGACGACGACGACUCGGGCGAGGAGGCUGAUGAUGACGGUGACACACCCACUACGGUGACGAGCGACCCCGACGAGACUCAGAGCGAGACUGAAGGCGUGCCUGCGCCCGGGGGAGGAGCCAGCGGGGCAGUCAACGGCGAUGGUGAGCAUGAGGAUGACGACGACGAUGACGGGUUUGUUGAACCCAGUCAGGGGUCGGUCAAACUGAAACUACGGGAAAUCUUGUUUUAUGAUGACAAGGUUGCUAUUUUCAGAGCAAGGCAUGGCAAGUUAUGAUUGACUUGCUUCGGUUUUGGUUUGGUUGGUCUGGAGCUUGGCUGGCUUCAUAUUGCUCUGGGUUUUUUACUGGGUUGAUGGAAUGGUAGGCUAUGGGUUUGGGGCAGUUUGUCCCGGGGGAGAAGGAUCGGUCAUGGCGUGCUGGGCAAGACGAAUACCUAUAUUCCAAGUAUAAUGGUUUUAUUUCCUCU